GGAGCGGAGGCUGCCAUGGCCACGGCGCUGCCCCCCACGCCGGCCGGCGGGAGCCGCUCCGCCAGCCGCGCCGCCGAGUCCCCGCUGAGCCCGGCGCGGCUCAGCCGGCUGCAGGAGAAGGAGGAGCUGCGGCAGCUCAAUGACCGCCUGGCCGCCUACAUCGAGCGGGUGCGGGCGCUGGAGGCCGACAAGUCGGUGCUGCAGCAGCUGCUGAGCGAGCACCAGGCGGGCAGCGACCGGGAGAUGGGCUGCCUGCGGCUCCGCUAUGAGACCGAGCUGGCCGAUGCCCGCCGGGCGCUGGACGACAUCGCCAUCGAGCGGGCCACGCUGCAGGUGGAGCUGGGCAAGAUUGGCGAGGAGCACCGGCAACUGCACGUCAGGAAUUCCAAAAAGGAAAGUGAUUUAAACGUGGCCCAGGCUCGUGUGAGAGACCUCGAUGCCCAGCUGAAUGCGAAGGAAGCUGAUUUAGCAACAGCCCUGAAUGAGAACCGAACUUUGGAGAAUGAGCUCCGUGAAUUAAAAGAUCAAGUACUCAGUCUUAAUCUGUCACUGGAGGAUACUAAAAAGCAUCUCCACAGUGAAAUGUUGAGGAGGGUGGACCUAGAAAACCAUAUCAAAACAUUGCAGGAAGAAACGACGUUCCAGAAGCGCCUUCAUGAAGAUGAGCUCAAGGAGACAAAAAGAGUCCACGAGAGAAGGAUAGCAGAAGUAGAAUCUGUCCGUCAAAGAGAAUUUGAGAGCAAGCUCUCAGAUGUUCUGCAGGGGCUCAGGAAACAGCAUGAAGAACAAAUUCAAGGCUACAAAGAGGAGAUGGAGCGAACAUUCAGUGCAAAGGUGGAGAAUGCCCAGCUAACUGCAGCAAGGAACUGUGAGCUUGCCAAUGCCACUCGGGUGGAGCUGGUGGAAACACAGAAGAGAGUGGAUACUCUGAUUUCUCAAGUUAAUCAAUAUCAAAGCCAGAAUGUUGCUUUGGAGAGCAAAAUAAAGGAGCUACAGAACUUGCUGGAUUACGAUCGUGAUCUCCAUCGACGGCGUAUGGCUGAAAAGGAGGAAGAAAUAGCACAAGCUCAGAAGCAGGCACAAGCACAGCUGGAAGAGUAUGAGCAGCUCUUAGAUGUGAAACUGGCUCUAGACUUGGAAAUAAAUGCGUACAGAAAGAUGUUGGAAGGAGAGGAGCAGAGGCUCAAGCUGUCACCCAGUCCAUCUUCACACAGCACAGCAGCUCAAGCAGCAAGCCAGGGCCGACGAUACCUGCAUGGGAAGAAAAGGAAAAUCAAAGAAACCAAAAAGAGGGAGCGUAGUGCUGCACUUAAGACUAUUCAGCAUGUUUCAGCUACUGGAAAUAUAUCUAUUGAAGAGAUUGAUGCAGAUGGGAAAUUUGUCAGGCUUAAAAACCACUCUAAUGAGGAUCAAUCUCUACAUGGCUGGGUGUUGAGACGACGUAUUGGAAGUGUGGCAGAUGUUAAUUACAAGUUUCCUUCAAGGUUCACUCUUCAGGCAGGCCAGGAAGUUACAAUCUGGGGUGCAGCUGCUGGUGUUAGCCCAGGUCCUAGUGAUCUGGUCUGGAGGUCUCAGAAAUCUUGGGGAACUGGAGAUAAUAUUGGUGUUACACUCAUCACCGAUGAUGGUGAGGAACUUGCAGAGAGGAAGAUAAUGCUUGUACCCAGAGAAGAAGAAAGUGAGCAAGAUGAUGAUUAUGAAGAAAUAACUGGAAGUGAAGCAGAGUUUGCAUCUCAGACCAAAAGAAGAAGAAAAAAGAAAUGUUGUUUGGUUUCAUGAUAGUGGUUCCUGUGAGCAUCCUUAAGCAGGUGAGAUGGUGAGAAUCAUGCUUGUCACCUCAUAGAAAACUUGCUUCAUCAGUAGUGCUGCAGUCUCUUGUCCCACAUAGGAUGUAGCUUGCAUGGCUUUGCACCAGAAAUGCAACUGAAGUUCUGCUUAUUCUCUGAGUAUGAUCAAACAGUAGCAUUAAUUGUUUGCUAUCUUAUUACUGACACACUGAAAAUACAACCUCUAAUGUCCAUAUCAUCUACCUACCUGACUGUGAAUUAAAGCUGUUAUCCCAAGAACAGAAUGCAAACACUAACUACUUCUGUGGGAUGAAGUGACUUCACAUUCCAGUGUCCCUAAAUUGCUUUUAAGACAAUUUCAGUGUGAACUUAAGGUCAGUAUACUUACGAACUUUUGGCUACCAACUUGCAUGGUGUAAUAUCCUGUGCAAGAUAUCCAGCCCCCUCAAAUGCCUUUUGACUGACUGUAAUUCAAGUCUGAACUGAUGCAUUUUGGAUGCUCCUACUGUACUUUGAUAUAUUUUUAGCUAUCUUUAAUUGUUGAAAUGAUCUAAACCAACUAAUAUGAGGGCUUUAAGUUGGUCCUAACCAAACAAUUAUAGACUGUACUUAAUUGAAGUUGGUUUGUGUCUUGACCUGAAACAGUACAAUGGUACAAACUCCAAAGCCUGAGAGCAAGGGGAUGCUUAGCUAAAAACUCUUCUUCCUACUGGCAAAUGUUCAGUUCUUGCAGCUCUUCAUAAAACUGAUCCUACACAGUUACAAGGAGGGUCACAUCUUACUGCACUAAAUUAAAGCUCCCACUACCAUUUCUUAGAUAUUUUCAUAAUGUAUCUGUCGGAAAACUAACUUAAAAGUACCUUAGUACUGUCUUUCUGAAAAAACUACCUAAACAGGCAGUUACUGCUGGGUUUUGGGUUUUUUUUCCUUUUAAACAAAAUCUGGUUAAAUAUCUGUUACUACGAUACCAUGUGACUUAAAGGAUGUUUGUCAGUCUCCUGACUUGCAUGCACAUUCUUGUAAUAUUUUCAGUCUCACUGGAGGAUGGUGAGACCCUGUUAAAUUGGCUAUUGAGGAGGUCUAUAAUGCUGUUUUGCCCUUUGGGCUCUUAGUGAUAUAAGCUUCUUUUCACACUCAGAGUAGGGCUUCUCCUCAAGGAUGGCUUCUUUUUAUUUUAAAAGGCAUUUUUUGAAUUUACUUAUCUGACUUGUUCAAUAAUCAGUGAUGGAAAGCAAAAGUAACAUUUUUCCUUACACUUCUAAUCUGUUUUAUCAGCAACUUUACAAUACAGUUGUGUGCCAUUUAUGGUAAGAAUCACUUCUAAUACUUCCAAUCAAAUUUUAAUGUCAUUCCUGUUUGCUGAAUUCCUGUCAAACUUUUGAUAUUAGUACCUAUAUGCUUCUGCUGCCUUGGUAGUACUGAAA